AUGUUAAAAUUAAGUUCGUUUGCUCUCCUUCCUCUCUGCUAUGCAAUGUUUGUAAGGAAAAAACGAUUACAACAUGUAAACAACAACGCAUUAAAAAGUAUAAAAUGUUUGUCUAUUCCUAGAAAACACAACAACAAACUUUUUUCUUUUUCUACAACUAAAACAACAAUAUUUCCUCACAACAACAUUAAAAACAUUGAAAGCUCAACAGAAAUGUUUUGUUCAGAAUUUGACCAUGUUGUGUUAAGUAAUGACGAGAAUUCAACAUCUUCCUACUCAACAAACAACUAA